AUGAAUAAUAUAGCAUGGUGUGGUAUUGAGAUGGAGAAAUAUCUGAGCCGCCUUCUCCCCUGUGAAGCCACCGGCUGGAGACCGUCGCACCCCACAGCAACACCGGUCGCCGGAGACCCCACUGCUAGGCUACAGGCAAUGGAUUGGUUUGAAGGUGUGGAGGACACUCGUCUUCUUGUUUCGUCAUCAGAAGGAGAUCCUUCUGCUACUGGAGAGGACAUGGGACACUUUCUGGAACUUCGCCAUCCAAAAACUGGAGAGACUGCAAGUUACCUGAUGAUGAAUGGAGGCCUUCAAGAACUCACCUGGUUUAAACAAUCUCAUGGGUCUUGGUUCAUGGGAGAUUAUAUUAGUGAAGAUGGUAGAUUGUAUGCUGCUACUCCAGUUGACCCUGUUUUCAUUCUUUUGCCAAUAUUUGAUAAAGCACGAAUGAAGAAUGGAAAUGAUUUAGGGAAGUUUAGGCAACUUGAUGAGAUCAUUUACAUUCAAAAUUAUCCUGGUUAUCAUCAUUUAUCAUCAAUUGCUGAAAAGUCAAUGGAAGUUGUUUGUGAUUGUAAAGAGAUCGGAUCCAUAAAGUUUUUUAGACUCAAUGACUCAAAGGUUUUAUCAUGGAUGUAUUAUAAGGUACAACAACUAAAGCAGACCCUUCUCAAACUGGAUAAAAACUAUGCUGCUCAAACUGAGAAGGAAACAUUGAUCGAUGCAGUUAUGAUUUUGGGUGAAUACAUGGAAGAUGAGCCAUGGUUGAAGCUUCUAAGCAACAAUCUUAGGCUAAAUAUUGAUGAGGCAGUUCAAAUUCAGAUACCAAAAACAGAAAUCAUCUCUUCUCCUUCACCAACUUCUGAAUUUUCAUUUAAACCCACACAGAAAAAAAAUCAGGAACAGGUAGGGAGUGACAAGAGAGUUACCCGAAAUAAAAAGGUAAAAAUAGAGACGAAUUCACAUAACAUUAAAGAUAUGUUUACCAGGGCUCCAAGAAGGGGGAAAUGACUUCAAGAAUAUGUCUCUUUCAACACCAAUUUCUAGGGUUUUGUGUUGUGUAACAUCAGUUUCUAUGUUUUUUUUUUAAUCCUUACAUGUAAUGUCUAACGACAUCUUAAUUAUUACAUUAUUCUUAUGGGUAUUGUUAUUGUUAUU